AGAAGUUCCUCUGCAUUCCUGACACACACACACAUAUACACACAUAUACACAUACACACACAGAUACACAGAUAUAAGCACACACACAAAGCAGAAAACUGGGAGGACCCACACACUGAGGCUGAGGCGUCAGCAUGAGGAAGGCCGCUGUGGGUGACGCCGGGGGGGGCAGUACCGGCGCCGAUCUGGCUCCAGGUUCUACGGAACCUUCGAACCCUAAGGGCCGGACUAAACUGAGCUCCGCCUCCUGGGCGGGACCAGGCUGGACCAAAGUGAGCUGCCCCUGCUGUGUGUCGGACCGGGUCGACCCCCUGGUUCUGGUGAGGCUGGGACAGAAGGUCCGACCCGAGACCAAGAGGUGGAUCAUCAAACUGAUAGGAAGUCCACAGAAGGACGGAGGUGCUGCGUUGCUAGCCCACCCGGGUGAGGAUGCCAGUGGUGACAUCAUCGUUGUCUCUGCCCCUCGCUGUACUCUCCUUCGUGCCACUGAAGAGCUGGGCUUGUGUAAAACUUACAGCAGUGGAGAAAUGGAAGCCUUCUCCUAUGAUGACAAAGACAACUUUAAGGACUCAGAUAACAUGUCAGAGUUUGUGACUCUAGCGGAGCGUCAGUACAUAGUCAAGUAUGAACUGGAGGGUGUUCGAGCGCAGAAGGAUCUGAGGGUUCCUGGUCUGUCUGACGACUACACACUGCAACACAGAGACAACAUCUGGCAGAAGCUCAGAGCUGCUGGUGUGAUCGUGGACAUGUUUCCUCUCCAUAACCAGGAUCAGCUGAAGGAUCUGAGCGAGGCCUGGUACUGUGGGAAUCAGCUGGCCCAGCCCCUGGAUUCAGUCAACUCGUAUUUUGGAAGCUCAAUAGGAUUCUACUUCAGCUUCCUGGAUUUCUACACCUGGUCACUCCUCCCACCUGCUGUUCUGGGCCUGGCCAUCGCAUACUUCUCAGGUGAGGUCCAGAAGGAGGUGGUGGAGUCGGUCUCGGGGUCACAGGUCAUGAGUGACCAGGACGCCUCUGGUUCGGCGGUGGGUGGUCACAUGAUCCAGGCUGUGUUCAGUAUGUUCUGGUCCACUGUGUUCAUGGAGCUGUGGAAGCGCCGGAGCUCCUCCCUCUCUUACCGCUGGGGGAACCUGCGCCUGGCCGAGCGAUUCGCUGAACCCCGGCCCGGUUUCUAUGGCAACCUGGGGGUCAAUCCUGUGACGGGUCGCGUGGAGCCGCUGUUUCCUGAGUGGAAGCGUGAGCUGCGUAUGGCGCUGGUGUCGGUACCGGUGGUGGGGCUGUUCCUAGGCCUGGUGGUCCUGGGGAUGCUGGUCUUCUAUUGGGGGGAGGCCCAGGUCCAGCAGCUCCACCAACACUGGGACUCAUUCCACACUCAGGUUCUGCUUUAUGCUCCGUCGGUGCUUCACAUCAUCUACACAAACAUCCUGGCCACAGUUUACAAGAACGUGGCACAGGCUCUGACUGAAUACGAGAACCACAGGGAGGAGUCGUCCUUUCAGAACCACGUCACCGCCAAAGUCUUAGUGUUCACCUUCUUCAACUACUUCGCCGUGCUCUUCCACAUCGCCUUCUACAAACAGGAUGUGCCUUUACUUCGUAAGCGUUUGGCGUCUUUGCUGAUCAUCACCCAGCUGGUGAACCAGGUGACAGAGGUGGUCGUACCGUUCCUGGUCGACCGCUUCAUCAGUGCAUCGAACCGAAAGGAGAACGAAAACGACCCUGAGGAGGACAAAUACAGGAACCAGAGCACCCUGCCUGCGUUCCCUGGCCUGUUCUCAGAGUACAUUGAGCUCCUGGUGCAGUUUGGGUAUUUGAGUCUUUUCUCCUGCGUCUACCCUCUGACGGCCGUGCUGCUGCUCAUCAAUAACCUCACUGAGAUCCGAUCGGACGCCUACAAGAUGUGCAAACUCUUCCGUAAACCCUUCUCCCCACCUGUGGCCAACAUGGGGGUAUGGCAGGUCGCCUUUGAGGUCCUCAGCUUCGUCUCAGUGGUGUCCAACUGUUGGCUGCUGCUGCUGUCGCCACGGAUACAGCGUCUGUGUACGGAGGGAGAGUUGAACAGCACCAACAUCCUGCUGUUGGCCGUGUUAGUGGAGCACAUUCUCAUUCUACUCAAAGUGGUUCUGGCGGUUCUGAUCCCAGAUGAACCGGACUGGAUCCGAAAAAAGCGGGAACACAUGGAGUUCAAAUCCAUGCAGGCUCUGAGGACGCAGGUGACACACAGCCCUGAGUCCACUGAGGAAAGACUCAUGCAUUUGAAUUGAAGCCGGAUGCUGAACAGUCCUGAUGCUGGUCUUGGACCUGGUCUUGGACCUGGCCUUGGACACCCGAUAAAACCACCCCAGUGUUGUGUGCUGCUGUUCCCUAACGCCUAACGCUGCUUCUUCUAUAAGUGCUCACACCGUCAUACGGCGCACCUGCAGUGGAAUGUUUGAGGGCUUCACACAGUGUUCAUACGACGCUAAAGGGACGUUUAAUGUUCACUGACAAACAGAAAACCUUUGAGAGGCUGUUAGCGCUCUGUGCUGCCACCUAGUGAUGGACCACACAUGGUGAUCAGCUGAUCUAACUCUAACCCUGAGCAGAAGAAAACACAAGACCACUCCCAUCGUAGAGGACGCACACAGGCUUUAACAUCAGCUCAGUAACCUGUAGUUAUAUUAUAUAUCAGUGAGCAGUUAUACAAAUAUUUAAAUAAUUCUCAGACCUCACUAGGUGCUGAAUUUAUUUGAGCUUGUCCAAUUAUCAGUCAAUAUAUUAUUAUUAUUACAUUUAGUGACAAAUUACAACAAUUUGUUACCUGCAAGAUGUCAAAUACUUCACCAUUUAUUAAGUUUCCUAAAUUCAGGAUACAAAACGAGUUCAUUUGGCGCCAGUAAGAACAUCCAUGACGUAGUUAUCUUUGUAGAGGGUGUGCACGUGACGUCAGCACUAGCAAAAGUUACUGCAGUUCCGCCCACUGAGCGGCAGACAGAGGCAGAUGAGUGACAACGUUGGCUUCAAUACCGUCUGAACUGAAGAACAAUAUGGAAUAAAAAAUGGGGCAGAGCUGUUGUUGGUUGGUUGUA